AGAAGGAGUAAAAAUGAUCAAGCUGGCGGUUUGAUACAGCGGUCGCUUGUACAUAGCAAACCAGGCAGCUGAGAUUUUGCUUUUUUAUGCAGAACUUGGAAUGUAAUCAAACAAACUGCAUCAGCAGAUAAGUGUCAAAUUACAGUCCUUACAGCAUGAAGGAUUGAGCCAAACAUGGAUAAAUAUGAAAAGGUGAGAAAGAUCGGUGAGGGAUCCUUUGGAAAAGCUAUCCUGGUGAGAUCAAAGGAAGAUGGCCGGCAGUAUGUCAUCAAGGAGAUUGGCAUCUCCAGGAUGUCUAAUAAAGAAAGACGGGAGUCACGCAAAGAAGUGGCUGUCCUGGCUAACAUGAGCCAUCCCAACAUUGUGCAGUACAAAGCAUCAUUUGAAGAAAGUGGCUGCUUGUAUAUAGUAAUGGAUUACUGUGAGGGAGGAGACCUGUUUAAGAAGAUCAAUAACCAAAAUGGAGUUCUAUUCCCAGAAGAACAAAUACUUGAUUGGUUUGUUCAGAUAUGCCUGGCUCUUAAGCAUGUGCAUGAACGUAAGAUCCUCCACAGAGACAUCAAGUCACAGAAUAUAUUUCUGACUAAGGAUGGUACAGUACAGUUGGGGGACUUUGGGAUUGCCAGAGUUUUAAACAGCACUGUGGAGUUGGCAAGGACCUGCAUUGGAACGCCUUACUAUCUCUCACCUGAGAUUUGUGAAAAUAAACCAUACAACAACAAAAGUGAUAUUUGGGCGUUGGGGUGUGUCCUGUAUGAAAUGUGCACACUUAAGCAUGCUUUUGAGGCUGGAAACAUGAAGAACCUGGUGCUAAAGAUCAUCCGUGGUUCGUACCCCCCGGUCUCGGUGAACUACUCUCAGGAUCUGCAGACACUUUUAGGCCAGCUGUUCAAGCGCAACCCCCGUGAGAGACCAUCGGUCAGCGCAAUACUGGACAAGCCAUUCCUCGCCCGCAGAAUCCACAAGCUUCUCUCCCCACAGCUCAUUGAUCAGGAAUUCACCCCUGAAGUUGGCCAACUUCUCCAGCAACCUAAAAUGAAUGUUGCCCAGGGAUUACCAGCCAAACACCCUGCCCCUGGUCAGGCGUCUGUCACCCCUGCCCAUAAAAUCACCAAACCAGCUGCCAAAUACGGAGUGCCUUUAACAGCAAAGAGACCUGCUGAUCCUGCCCGGAGAGCAGCUGAUGCAGUUAGGAAACCGGCGGAGAGAAAACCUGUCAUAAAACACAAACAGGCUCCCCCUCCAGCAGCAGUUCAGCGGAGAAUUAAUCGAGUGGAGGAUGAGAGAAGGAAGCGUGAGGAAGGAGUGAGGAAGAAGCGGAUGGAGCCGGAGAGAGAGUGGAAACAGAAAGAGCAGAUGUUUCUGCUAAAAGCUGCUCAAGUGAAAAGGUUUGAGAAGGAAAAGCUUAACCGGAUCCACCGUGCAAGAGAGCAAGGUUGGAAGCACGUUCUGAGCUCCAGCGGUGGCAGCAGCCCAGAGAGAAAGGUCUUUGGGGGUGGAGGAAUUGGAGCUCUUCCUACUCCCUUACCAGGCCAUUCCCUUCUUCUUGGCCCUGCCCAUGUCCCACCUUCACUGCCAGGUCCUGUUCUUGCUUCCAACGAAGAAUCCAAAGCUGCAGACAAUGUCAGGCCUGCCAUGGAAGCUGGAAUGCCGAAUGGACACGCCUGCCUCCCAGAUCAUGACUCGGUUAAAAAAGAGGCACGAAGGACAAGUCUCCAAAAUGAGAGUGUCUCUAAAAACGACCAUGCCAACAGGUUGCGAGUUCAGGUUGCAGCAGAGAGGGCCAAGCAGGUGGACGAAUUCCUGCAGCGGAAGCAAGAAGCCUUGCUCAAUAAAGUCCGUGCAGAAGGCCAGCUGGGGGCCCGGCAAAACCUGGCCGCCAUCUUUGCAAGUCGGACAAACUCGUCCCGUGGCAGGAGACCCAGGGUCAACAAAGAGGAGGAGGAAUACCUGACACGGCUGAGGCAGAUCAGACUGCAGAACUUUAAUGAGCGUCAACAGAUCAAAGCUCGUCUCAGGGGAGAGAAGCGUGAUGGUGAGGGUUCUGACAGUCAGGAAUCCUCUGAGGAGAUGGAGCUCAGGAGGAAAAGGAUUGACACUCUGAAGGCGCAGUCAAAGGCUCGUGCAGCUGUACUGAAAGAGCAGCUUGAGAAGAAACGAAGAGAAGCUUAUGAAAGAGAAAAGAAAGCAUGGGAAGAUCAUCUUGCCGCUCGAGGAGUAAAGAUUGUUAUUGGACCUGCAACCGCAACUCCAACUCCUCAUCCUGCUGCUGCCCUGCCUCCACAGCCGGAACACAUCCCACAGGAUGCUGCCCGCAAAGCCAAGCCUUAUUGUAGACCCACCACUCCUGCCAUCUCUAUGACGGCAGCGCUGAAAGAUGUUGGCGUGGUCACAUCUGCACAGAAUUCUCCAAUGAACGAGGAGCCCUCAAAACCUGAAACCACAGACGUCCAGAGUGAAAGGAAGGAGAUACUGCGCAGGCUGAACCAGAACCUAAAGGAUCACAUUGCUGAAAAAGAACAUGAGCAAAACAAUGCACCUGCUAGUGGACCAGAUCCCACCCCUCAGACCAGCCAGCCAAUCAUUGAAGAGAGACCAACCACUGGGGGUGAGAGACGCAGGUGGGAGGCUGGAGGGCCACCCGUACUGUCAGUAGCACAGCAGACCCUGGAGGAUACAUGUAGCACUAUGGCAGUAUCUGAAGCAGUGUCUCCAGAAGAAAAUGCCCUCUGUGCUGGUGACCGGAAGAGAUGGCAGCCUGGAGCUGUUGCACUGUCUGUGGCUCAACAGACUCUGGAGGAAACCAGUCUCACCACAGCAGAAAAGACAUCUGGUGAAGUUAUUCCUAUGGAGGCCUGGCAAGGAAAAGGACUUGGGAAAGCUUGGGAAAAGGCCCCAGUUUCCGAAGGGGAGCUUCAGCAACUCUGUGACGAUGCAGACACCAAAAACCUUACAAUUACACUUGGGCCUUCAGACGAUUCUGAUAAGACCACACGGGUGCCUCAACCUCAACCAAGUCAAGCCUCUCUUGGUCAGGACCAAAAUCAAGCUGUGGUUGAACUGGACCAGCAGGCUGCAAUGAGCACAGAUGAGGAACAGCAAGCCACUGCCAUUGGUCAGGACCCUGAUCAAGGAUCAGAAUGUCAGAAUACUCUGUCAGUAGUCACCAGCAUUGAAGAAAAACCAGGGUUAUCAGAGCCGAGUCUUGCUGAGGGGACAGAUGAGGUAGAGUCCUUGGUCCUUGAGGAGGGCCCUCGGCAAACAUUUAAACCUCAGGUGGAAGUGAUGAAAGCUUGGGGACAAGAGGCUCUCCCACAGCCUAGGCCAGACGAGGGCAGUGUUAUACCAGCUGAACCACAGAAGGAUGAGGAUGGUGUGACUGCAGAGGAAGAUAAACAGAUUACAGGUUCUCUCAACGGGUCUGUGGAAGCGGCCUUCGUGAAGUUGAGCUGCAGUCCUGCUCACAGACGCGCGGUGGCGCUGUCUGCCCUCUCUGCUCAGUCCUCAGCGGAGGACUCGUCUUCAUCAGUUGCUUCCCGCUCACGUUCUGUGUCACCACAGCGCUCUGGUCGUCCUGAUGAUGCCCUUCUCUUUGGCCUAUCCACCGGCCUUUUUGAUACCAACAACCCCAAGAUGCUGAGAACAUGCUCUCUGCCAGAUCUUGGGAAACUCUUCAGUGGCUUAACAGAAACAGACGUUGCCUCCACCCACGGCCCCAAUCUGGAGUUAGAGGACCUGGAGGACAAAGAGGAAGAGCAGUCGGACAAUGAUGUAUAUGAGGAUGAAGAUCUGAGAGAGCUCAGAGCCUCUAUGGAGAGACUGCUCCAGCAGCAACGCAGUGACGAUGACGACGACAAUAUUUCUGGUGGCAGCCCUCCCGAUGAGGACGAAAAUGCAGGAUUAAACGGACAGGACAAGUGCAGUCCUGCAGAGGAAGACUCGAACAGCAUAGCAGAUGAUGAGGAGGAGGUCAGUCCUGAGGAAGAAGCAAGAGGACUGACCAGUAAUGGGCAUUAUGGAGCUGGGGAUGAAGAGCAACACAGUGAGAGGCAGCUUAAUGAGGAGUGGCAGUCAGAUGACAGUGAGGAAGAAGAAGAGAGUGAUUUGGAGCAGCAGGAUAGUAUCUUCAGCCGCCUAGAAGAGCUGCGCUUCAAUUUAGAACAGGCCAUGGGCUUCGAACAGUUUAUUCAGGCCUACAACAAGAUCAAGGCCAUCCAUGAAGAUGAAGAUGAAAACAUUGAUAUGGGCUCCAGCAUGGUCCAAAGCAUUUUGCAACCUGAGCACCAGCACCUGUAUCCUAAGAUUCUCCACUUGGUGAUGGCAGAUGGAGCAUAUCAAGAAGAUAAUGAUGAAUGAUGAAUGCUGCCAGCUGCUUUGGACAAUCUGCUGGCAGGCCGGUGUCUUCCACAAUGCUUCGUUUGAGUCCCUGAGUGGCAUGGGAGUGACUCGAUCUCUUACGGGUGGCCGAUUUCAGGCUCUCGAACGACUGGAGCUCUGCUUUCAUGACUGAUAUGGAGAGCACUACCAUGUAAAUGUAAUAUAACUAUGAAUAAUAUUUAACCAAAGCCUAAUUAAGAGUGAGUGGGAGAGUGAACGAGAGUGUGAUGUAUGCUGACGGGUUUGUGGGUGGGAAUUUCUUAUUACUCAGUAUUUCCAAAGCUAAAGGAAUGGAGAACACUAUGGCUUAGGUCAAAAGUCAGGGAGCAGGUAUCUGUCCAGCAUCAGGUGCUUUGUUACAACAAACCAGUGACACAUUGUACCAGUAUCUGAACCUCAGGUCAACGUUUUACAGAAUACGUAUACAGUUCAUUCCAGUGUUGUACAUUUCUGACAUUUCAGAACGUCUGUUUAAUUAUUUGUUCACACAAGUUCAUUUUAGUAAUAAAAUGUUAAGUGUUAGUAUGCAUGCAUUUACAUGCUUUAUGCAGUUGCACUUUGUGAUGUAAUAUGUCAUAAUAGCAACUAUUUAUGUGGCAUGUUCAUGUGAGUGAUGUACAGAGAGUGUGUAAGGCGACUAGAAAGAAAAUACAAUAAGUAAUAUUAGUCUGAUAUAGACACAAUGUGUCUUUAUAUUCAUUAAUAAAUACUAUCUUUUUUCAUUUGUGAUUUUUGUGCUUAAGCAUGUACAGUAUGUGUUUGUCUUAUCAAUUGAAAGCAAUUUGUAGUCUUUCCCAAGUGAAGUAUUAUCUAUGCAAUGUCAGCUUUCAGGAUCAUCUGUACAAUUCAUUGUCUUUAAUAUUGGAACAGUGGUCUCUCUGCCAAGGUUGUUAGGAAACCCAUUCUGUCACGUUGUUUGUGAAAAUUUGUCCGAAUGGUCUGAUGUAACCCAAGAACUCAAAUAAACAGGUCUGCUAAACAUG